AUGCGUCUUCAACCAUCAUCGCCAUAUUCUCAACGUAUUGAGAAAAUCGUAUUUGCUGCCUCAUUUCUUCUCUGGCCUAUCAAUAGUCAAUAUAUACUUGCAAAGUUUUUGGCAUUUAAACAGUUUUAUGCUCAUUUACUGGAAUAUUGUCAGUUGAAUAAACCAUACGUAUUGGGAAUGAAUUGUUCUUUCUAUUAUUUUGAAGGCGUAGCAUAUGCUGGGCUGCAAGAACCACAUAAUGCGCUGAAUUCCUUUUUGGUAGCUUAUGAAAUAAUGAAAAGUGGCGAGGGUGCUCUAUCAAAUGAUUUGUUCAGCUAUGUUGAUACGAAUGACGAUUCAACGAAUAUUACUGAAACUGAAUUUUUGAUUAAAGUCAUGGGUAUCAUGGAGCAACACAAUUACAGUGAGCAGCUUGUGACUCUUGGGCUUUUGGCGUUAAAGGAUUGUGAUAAUAAAACAUUAUUGCCCGACGUUUAUAACAUCUUGUUCAAGAGUGAGUUAUUAACGAAUCGAUACCAGGAAGCUUUGCAUACUCUUCUUUCUAAUCCAGUGAACGAUACACGUCGUAAUUGUCUAAGAGAACUUUUGUCAAGAUUAUUGGAAAAUAAUAAACGAGAAAUUCUUGUGCACUUGAAUUACAAAGAUAUGGAAGAAUAUGUAAACAUCGUUUCUUCUUUAUAA